UUCCUCUCCACCCAGCCCGUACCCCCAGUGCUCCCCCGUCCCCCGCCAUUUACUGCACCGCCGAUACGCACUGGGUGGAGAGGAAAAGUACUCAAGGACACUGCAAUAAAAAGAGUUUUCUAGCUCGUAGACCGACGAUGGCACUCUCGAACCCCCCGUCUUCAGCUAACCUCCCGCCGACUAGGCCUGUACUAGCGCGAGCGGCGUCGGGUAUGCCAAACGGCUACCCAUCUGCGCCGGUCACGGUGCCUCCCCAGGUCGAUGGCGCCAAUACGACACCCGUAGACGCCGUCCUGGAGCUCGCAGAUGGCACCGUUCUCCGAGGCUUCAGCUUUGGAAAGGAAGGCAAAAGCGUCGCCGGAGAAUGCGUCUUUCAGACAGGUAUGGUCGGUUACACGGAAUCCAUCACCGACCCCUCCUACGAAGGGCAGAUUCUCAUCUUGACGUAUCCCCUCAUUGGAAACUACGGCGUGCCAGCUCGCCCUGACACCUCCAACCCCAACCCCGACAUCCUCCCGCCGGACUUUGAGUCCUCGCGGAUCCACGUCGCUGCUCUCGUCGUUGGGUAUUACUCGCAGGAUUACUCUCACUAUCUGGCUUCGUCGUCUUUAGGCCAAUGGCUGAAGGAAAAUGACAUCCCCGCCAUCUAUGGCGUGGACACCCGGAUGCUCACCAAGAAAAUCCGUGAAAAGGGUAGCUUGCUUGGCAAAAUUCUUGCCAGGAAGCCCGAAGCUCGCUGUGCGAGGCCAAAGUCGCUAAUUGCUCAUUCUCAGCCUGCGUCGCGUGCACCGUCUCCACCGGGCACCGCGGGCUGGCGCGAGGACUACAUCGAUGUCCCAUUCAAGGAUCCGAACCAGGAGAAUCUGGUCGCCGUAGUGUCCAUCAAGUCACCGCGUCUGUACAAGCCAACUGUUGAGCCACUGCUGCACCCCUCCGGCCGCACUCUCCGUGUGCUGGCGCUCGACGUCGGCAUGAAAUACAACCAGAUCCGCUGUUUCACCCACCGGGGAGUAGAACUAAAGGUCGUUCCGUGGGACUACGACUUCCUGGACGCGUCCGAAGAGCCCUUCGACGGCCUGUUCAUCUCGAACGGGCCCGGCGACCCCACAACUGUGCAGGCGACGAUCAACCGGCUGUCGAGGGCCCUGGAGGACGCCAAGCGGCCGAUAUUCGGUAUCUGCUUGGGACACCAGCUCCUCGCGCUCGCAGCGGGGGCGAAGACGUCGAAGAUGAAGUACGGCAACCGCGGGCACAACAUCCCGUGCACGGACGCGCUCAGCGGGCGGUGCUACAUCACGAGCCAGAACCACGGGUACCAGGUCGACACCGCGACGCUGCCCGCGGGCUGGCAGGAGCUGUUCCGGAACGCAAACGACGGGAGCAACGAGGGCAUCUACUGCGUCGACAAGCCGUUCUUCUCCGUGCAGUUCCACCCGGAGAGCACGCCCGGGCCGCGGGACACCGAGUUCCUGUUCGACGUGUUCAUCCAGAACGUGCUCGACUGCGCGAAAACGAGCGUGCUCGUGCCCAUCCGCAUGCCCGGAGGCAACAAGGCGGAGAACGAGGCGCGCGUGCCGCGCGCGAACGUGAAGAAGGUGCUGAUCCUCGGCUCGGGCGGGCUGUCGAUCGGGCAGGCGGGCGAGUUCGACUACUCUGGGUCGCAGGCAAUCAAGGCGCUGCGCGAGGAGGGCAUCUACACGGUGAUGGUGAACCCGAACAUCGCCACGAUCGCGACGAGCAAGGGGCUCGCGGACAAGGUGUACUUCCUGCCCGUCACGCCCGAGUUCGUGCGCAAGAUCAUCCAGUACGAGAAGCCCGACGGGAUCUACUGCACGUUCGGUGGGCAGACAGCGCUGAACGUCGGGAUCAAGCUGAAAGACGAGUUUGAGGGGCUGGGCGUGAAGGUGCUGGGCACACCCAUCGAGACGGUGAUUACGACCGAGGAUAGGCAGUUGUUCGCGCAGGCGAUGGAGGAGAUCGGGGAGAAAUGCGCGAUGAGCCGCACGGCGACGACGUCGGACGAGGCGGUCGCAGCCGCCGGAGAGAUCGGGUUUCCAGUCAUUGUACGUGCGGCAUACGCGCUGGGCGGGCUGGGCAGCGGGUUUGCGCAGAACGAGGCACAGCUCCGCGCGCUGUGUGCGAAGGCCUUUGCGACGAGCCCCCAGGUGCUUGUCGAGAAGAGCAUGAAGGGGUGGAAGGAGAUCGAGUAUGAGGUUGUGAGGGAUUGCAGGGAUAAUUGCAUCACUGUGUGCAAUAUGGAGAACUUUGACCCGCUGGGGAUCCAUACUGGUGAUUCGAUCGUCGUGGCUCCGUCGCAGACGCUGUCAGAUGCCGACUUCAAUAUGCUGAGGACGACGGCUAUCAAUGUUAUCCGCCACCUUGGUGUGGUUGGGGAGUGUAACAUCCAGUACGCCUUGAAUCCCGACUCGAAGGAGUAUUGCAUUAUUGAGGUGAACGCUCGUCUGUCCCGUUCCUCCGCCCUCGCAUCAAAAGCGACUGGCUACCCACUGGCCUUCAUCGCUGCGAAGCUCGGUCUUGGAAUCCCUCUCAACGAGAUCAAGAACUCGGUCACAAAGGUUACCACCGCAUGUUUCGAGCCGAGCUUAGACUACGUCGUGGUCAAGAUCCCGCGCUGGGACCUGAAAAAGUUUAGCCGUGUCAGUCGGCUGCUGAGCAGCAGCAUGAAGAGCGUGGGCGAGGUGAUGAGCAUCGGCAGGACCUUCGAGGAAACGAUUCAGAAGGCUAUUCGUGCGAUCGAUGAUCAGUUCCUUGGGUUUGCCAAGAACGACUAUGUCGAAGACGUCGAUGAGGAGCUCCUCAAUCCGACAGACAAACGGAUCUUCGCUAUCUCAACUGCGUUCCACCGCGGAUACAGUGUUGAUAAGAUAUGGCAGAUGACCAAUAUUGACAGGUGGUUCCUCACGAAGUUGCAGUACAUCUAUCAAAUGGAGCAACGCUUGUCGUCCUCUACGAUUGGAGCCGUGUCCCCUGAAAUUCUUCGACAAGCUAAACAGCUUGGUUUCUCGGACCGCCAGGUCGCGACCUGCGUUGGGUCCAACGAGCUCGCCGUUCGCAGGCUGCGCCAGGAAUUCGGCAUUGCCCCGUUUGUCAAGCAGAUCGAUACUGUGGCCGCUGAAUUUCCGGCGUUUACCAACUACCUCUACACCACGUACAAUGCUGUGGAACACGAUAUCACGUUCAAAGACAGAGGCGUAAUGGUCCUCGGUUCCGGCGUGUAUAGGAUUGGCUCGUCCGUGGAGUUCGACUGGUGUGCUGUGCGUGCUAUCAGGACACUCCGCGACCAGGGACUUCCCACCGUCAUGGUCAACUAUAACCCAGAGACCGUCAGUACUGAUUAUGACGAAGCCGAUCGUCUGUACUUCGAAAAUAUCAGUCUGGAGACAGUCCUCGAUAUCUACGAUGCUGAACGAUCGCGGGGCGUUAUCCUAUCGAUGGGCGGACAGACGCCAAACAACAUCGCGCUCCCACUAUACCGCCAGAAUGUCAAGAUCUAUGGAACGUCCCCGGAGAUGAUUGAUACGGCCGAGAACAGGUACAAAUUCUCCCGUCUCCUGGACGAGAUCGGUGUGGACCAACCUUCGUGGAAGGAGCUCACGACUGUGGAGGAGGCGCACUCGUUCUGCGAGGCUGUGGGCUAUCCCGUCUUAGUCAGGCCUUCCUACGUGUUGUCGGGCGCUGCCAUGAACGUAGCGUUCACGUCGAACGAUUUGCAGACCUACUUGACUCAAGCUACAGCGGUGUCCAGAGAGCAUCCCGUUGUCAUCACCAAAUACAUCGAAGGUGCAAAAGAGAUCGAGAUGGACGCUGUGGCCAAGGAUGGCACCAUGGUCAUGCACUACAUCUCCGAGCAUGUGGAGAACGCCGGUGUACAUUCCGGAGACGCGACACUUAUCCACCCGCCUCAGGACUUGGACCCUCUGACAGUCCGUCAGAUCGAGGAGGCUACCGCCAAGAUUGGCAACGCACUGAACGUCACGGGUCCUUUCAAUAUCCAGUUCAUCGCCAAGGACAAUGAAAUCAAGGUCAUCGAGUGCAACCUUCGUGCUGCUCGUUCAUUCCCAUUCGUAUCCAAGGUCACUGGGAUAGACGCUAUCGAGAUGGCUACUAAAGUCAUGAUGGGCAUCCCUGUGGAAGUAUACCCAGACCCAGGUUUGCCCGCGGACUUCGUGGGUGUUAAGGUACCGCAGUUCAGCUUCAGCCGUCUCUCAGGUGCAGACCCUAUCUUGGGUGUAGAGAUGGCUUCGACUGGCGAAGUCGCUUGCUUUGGCAGAGACAAAUACGAAGCGUACCUGAAGGCUCUUAUUUCAACGGGCAUAGUGCCUCCGAAGAAAAAUAUCCUGUUUUCUAUUGGCGGCUAUAAGGAGAAACUGGAACUUCUCCCAGUCGUUCAGAAAUUGCAUGCUGCUGGCUACAACAUCUUUGCGACGGCAGGAACUGCUGACUUCUUCUCAGAGCACAACGUCCCUUGCAAGUAUCUGGAAGCCCUCGGCGACAACGGCGGAGAUAAAGCGAAAUCGGAGUACGACCUGGCUCAACAUUUGGCUAAUAAUCUCAUCGACAUGUACAUAAACUUGCCUUCGAAGAACCACUACCGACGGCCCGCGAGCUACACGAGUAAGGGAUAUCGUACUCGACGCAUGGCCAUCGACUUUGCCGUCCCUCUGAUAACUAACGUCAAGUGCGCCAAGCUCUUGGCUGAAGCGUUGGUCCGCAAGUUAAGCCUGGACGUAUCUCCCGUCGACUUCCAGACCUCCCACAGGACACAUACAUUCCCGGGCCUCAUCAAUGUUGCUAGUUUUGUUCCAGGGCUGGCCGUCAAAGGCAGUACCGACUUGAUCGAGGCUACGAAGGCUUGCAUCAGCGCCGGUUUCACCACUGCCGUUGUCGUCCCUAUCGGUAGCAACAAUAAGAUAGCCGAUCCUAACACCCUCGAGCAAGCUCGCGCCAAUGUGAAGGAUUCUGCGUUCUGCAACUAUGCCUUAAGUAUUGCGGCCUCGGCAGAGAAUGUUAAGACAUUGGACGAAGAAAUACAGGCGGACGUGAAGUCACUGUUCGUUCCUCUACAUACGGAUAGCGUAGAGACUCAGGUGUCUGUGAUGGCCUCCCACUUCGCUUCCUGGCCCGUGGAUAAAUUGAUCGUCACAGACGCCAAAGGCUCUGACCUGGCUUCGGUCCUGCUGCUCGCUAGCUUGAAUGGCCGGAGUAUUCACGUCACGGACGUGAGGAGCAAGGAAGACAUCCUCCUAAUCUCGCUCAGCAAAGCCAAGAACUUGCGAGUUACCUGUGAUGUCUCCGUUUACGCCUUGUUUUUCGCGAAAGAACAGUACCCUGGAGCUUCAUGUUUGCCGUCGGAGGAGGACCAACAAACGCUUUGGCAGUAUUUGAAUGUCAUUGAUGCAUUCUCAGUCAGUGCGCUUCCUUACGAAAUGGCCUCGGAGCUCAAGAAACCGGCGUCCGCCCGUUCUGGUGUUGAAGAGACUCUGCCCUUACUUCUCACUGCCGUCUAUGAUGGCCGAUUGACUCUGCCACAAAUCCAGGAACGUCUGCAUGACAAUCCUGUCCGUAUCUUUGGCCUCCCAGAACAAGCCAACACGCAUGUUGAGGUCGUCAUAGGGCGCAAGUCAUCCUUCAAUGAGCACGUAUCCGCGUGGUCUCCUCUUGAAGACCGUUCUGUGGCUGGCGAAGUGCAUCGAGUCGUCGUUCACGGACAGACGGUAUUCCUAGAUGGCAAGCUCUCUAGCAGUGCUGCAGGCAGGGACAUCUCGAGUGCGACAAUCAGUCACACCAGAACCGAUCAAGGCACCGCGGUAUUGAAGGUGGAUACUACAGCUGCACCGACCAAGGCGAUUGAGACUGCAUCCCAACCACCUGGUGCCCCUGUCGUACCUUCUGCAGUUACACCGGCUGCUGCGACUCUGCAUGGCCCUCCUGCUGCACCGAGCCUAUUCACGCACGUGAUGUCGCACCCUAGCUUCCACCGCCGGCACAUCCUCUCUGUUAAGCAGUUUAACGCCCAGGACUUGUACGAUCUGUUCGCUCUCGCUCAUGAGAUGCAGCUCCAGGUCGAGCGUAGUGGUACCCUAGACAUUUUGAAGGGGAGGGUUCUCUGCACCCUCUUCUACGAGGCUUCGACACGCACGAGUUCUUCUUUCGAUGCCGCCAUGAAACGCUGCGGCGGUGAAGUGGUACAAAUCAACACGAGCCAUUCGUCCGUAACAAAGGGCGAGAGUCUGCCCGAUACGAUCCGAACCUUGGGCUGUUAUGCGGAUGCGAUUGUGAUUAGACAUCCGGAUGUGGGCAGCUCCCAGCUGGCAGCGAAGUUCUCCCCCGUUCCUGUCAUCAAUGCCGGUGACGGUGUUGGUGAGCAUCCGACGCAGGCACUUCUAGAUGUUUACACUAUCCGAUCGGAGCUUGGCACGGUGAACGGUCGCACUAUCACGCUUCUCGGCGACUUGAAGAACGGACGAACUGUCCACAGUCUUGUCACCCUGCUUUCUUUCUAUUCCGUCCGUCUGAACUUCGUAUCCCCUCCUUCCCUCCGCAUGCCCCCGAGGGUUGUCUCGGCAGCACGCAAAGCCGGUAUUCCGGUAUUCGAGUGUGAGUCCGUGGAAGAGGUUCUCGCUGAUACGGACGUGUUGUACGUCACGCGUAUCCAGAAGGAGCGCUUCACCAGCGAAGCGGAGUGGGACCUUGUCAAGAAUGCCUACCGAGUCGACCACGCAAUGCUAUCCAGGGCGAAGGAAGAAAUGAUAGUAAUGCAUCCCUUGCCGAGAGUCAACGAAAUUGAUCCCGAGGUUGACUUCGACUCUCGCCGCGCGGUUUACUUCCGACAGAUGCGCUAUGGCUUAUUUAUCCGGAUGGCCUUGUUGGCAAGUGUAAUGGGCUGAAAAGCAGAUGCAGACGGGAACAAGGGGCGAUAGUGUAUACCUUACAGCAAAAGUAUCUAUGACUCAGAAGUACCAACCUAAUGUAUCCUUAUUAGACAUCGACCAGCCAUGACUAGAUCGGUC